AUGUCCACGGCUCCGAAGACGCUUGCGGACUACCAGGCGCCGUACCCCGAGGCCACUCCCAAUCAGAAGCGGUACGUCAUCUUCCUUGAGGAGAAGGACUACGAUUCCGAGCUGGAGGAAUACAAACUGCAGCUUAUCCCGGGACGAGUAAUGAAGGUAGACCCCGUUAAUAGGUGCUUUAUUGCAGGAAGCGUGAAGGAAAAGACCAUUCCUGGUUGGGGGUACAAUUACUACGUUGUGGAGAUGGGCCCGAUGGCAACGACACUCAUGGCAGUGUCGCCAGGCUCCCCGCCGGUAAGGAAAUUUGUCCCCAUGGCAGAAAGGCCGUUUAUCCCUUACAACAGCAAGUUGCCAGUAGUGGUGUACAUGCCGAAGGAAGGGGAGCUCCACUACCGUGUAUGGACGCCCACGAAGCCCAAGGAAGAAAUCGCCGGCGAACGGUAA